GCCACGACUUUAACACAGAGAAGCACGGCACGCUGCAGGAAAAUGCCCUCAUCCACCCACCUUCGCUGUCCACUUAGCACUCCCAGCCCUGCCACCGUUCCCGAACAGGAUAUAAUCGUUCUCGUCGUGCCAGGCCAUGUAGCAUACGAGGUCAGGAGGUGCCGGGCUGUCCGCGAUUCCCUGGCGCCUCGUGUCCGGAACGGGGUCGUAUCCGAUCCACAGCAUGCUGCUGCUCAUGCUCUAGAGGCCCAAUGCGUCGCUGCCACUCUCGCAAGUAUCAGUCGGCCCUUCUCCUUCCAGGUCAGCUCAGAUCCAAGGCAGACUCUGCCACGAACGUCUCUAGCUGAUGAGGGGGCUUACCAGGCGCAUUUCGCUGCCUGCACAAUCUGUGGUCCCGCCGCGGAAGCUGGCCGCGUCAUCGCGAGGCAUUUUCUCAAUUGGCCAGGUCGUGGAGAACGGGGUAACUUCGCGCCUCCUCCUCCUAUCUCAGCUCACCCAUUAGAGGUCGAGUAA